GAGGAGGAGGAGAACGUUGAAGAUGCUCCAGCAGAGCAAAAGGGACUUGAAAUUGGACAGAAUAGAACAAAUAUAGAAGUUUCAGGAGAAGUAUUUGGUGAAUGUGAUUCUGAUGUGAACAUUGAGAUGGACACAGAUAAACAAACCAACACACAAGAAGAAGCCACGACUUCUGUUUCCCCCGAAGAUGGCACACAGUUUGAUGUUAAAGGCGAGGAAAAGGCACCAAAGGCUGACCCGGGUGCUGGGUCAAAAGAAGAACCUGUCCCAGUGUGUACCAUAUUCAGCCAAGGUAGCCAUCCCAAGUCUCUGGUGCCUGACGGCUUUCAGCCUACGCUGAUCAAGUCGCCAAGCUUUAGUAUCGGAAGUGGUGGGGGAAGCAAUGAGGCCGUGACCCCCAGCAAACUGGCCACCCCACUUGUGUGCCAGCCGAGUCCCAGCCUCAGUAAAUUCUUCACUGAAAAUGAACACGUUAACCCAGCAUCGGACUUCUUUGAUUCCUUUACUGUCCCCUCUUCGUUCAUCUCUAUUUCCAAUCCCAAUGCAGAUGUUCCCCCUGACACUCAGUCUGCACCAACAGUCCCGACACCUGACCGCCCGCUGUCGGUCUCAUCGUGCAUCUCCUCUGCUGUAGGUUCUCUGGACUCUAGUAACCCCAACACCAGCACAGUUUUUGGCCCAGCUUCUGGUGAAACUACCUCCAGUGCCCAACCGCCUCUGCCCUACAUAAUCACAGCUCCAACCCAAGCCCCUGUUUCAUCUCCGGUCUCGCAGCCUCAAACCUUCAACCAACUUCAAGCUGUAUUCUCAGGCAACGACGACCCAUUUGCAACUGCACUGAGCCUGAGUGAGGUGGACAGGCGUCACGAUGCCUGGCUGCCAUCAGAGGAGACGAGGAAGGUUCUGAUCUCUGUAGCAACCCAACAGUACAGUCCGUCUUUCGUGGACACCAACAGACUGACCAUGCCUGGGCUGAAGUUUGAUAACCUGCAGGGUGAUGCUGUAAAAGACCUCAUGGUUCGAUUCCUUGGAGAGCAGGCAGCCUCAAAGCGCCAAGUUCUUACUGCCAACUCUGUGGAGCAGUCCUUCAAUGGCCUGAAACAGCUUAUCGUAAGUCACUCUCCCUACCUUUUGGCCAAACUUCUGAACCUUAAUUAUGUAAACAGAAGAAAA